AGCAAGUUUACGUUUGACUCCAUUAUCCGGUGUUCUAACAGGAAACAAACGUCUCUCCAGUUACAGACAUGGAAUGUAUGAAGAAGAUGGGUGAAAUAACUCACCAUAGAAUCAAGACCAAUGGAAUCUGGAUGCACGUUGCAGAAAAAGGCGAAGGACCAGUAGUCCUCCUCCUCCAUGGCUUCCCGGAGUUCUGGUUUUCAUGGCGCCAUCAGAUCACUUAUUUAACUAACCACGGUUACCGCGUGCUCGUACCUGACCUCCGCGGCUAUGGCGAUUCCGACGCUCCGCCCUCUCCCUCUUCCUACACCGUCUUCCAGAUCGUCGCUGACCUCAUCGGCGUACUAGACCACUUCAAUCAACAACAGGUGUUUGUGGUGGGACACGAUUGGGGCGCACACGCCGCCUGGCAUCUUGGCCUUUUCCGGCCAGAUCGGGUGAAAGGAAUCGUUGCUCUCAGUGUUGUGUUCUCUGCUAGAUCUCCAGACAUCAGUCCGAUUCAAUCGUUGACCAAAUCAUUCGGAGAUAGUUUCUAUAUGACCCAAUUCCAGGAAUCAGGAAGAGCAGAGAGGGCUUUUGCGAAAUACGAUUGCUUGACUCUAAUGAAGAAGUUUUUGCUGAUCAACCAUGGUGAUGUACUGGUAGCGCCUCCUGGAAUGGAGAUUAUCGAUCACAUGGAAACUCCUUCAUUGCCUCCAUGGAUUACAGAAGAUGAGCUUCAAGUGUAUGCAGAUAAGUUUCAGGAGACUGGAUUCACAGGAGGUUUAAAUUACUAUCGUGCUAUAGAUCUGAAUUGGGAGCUGCAAGCGCCAUGGCAAGGGGCUAAGAUAAGAGUUCCAUCGAAGCUGAUUGUUGGGGACAAAGAUAUUGGAUAUGAAAGUUGGAAAAAAGCAUACGUCCAUGGAAAUGUUAUGAAAGAAUUGAUUCCUGGUGUUGAAGUUGUGAUUAUGGAAGGCCACCAUUUUAUUCAACUAGAGAAACAUCAAGAGGUUUCUGAUCACAUCUUAUCUUUCCUUCACAAACUUGCAUAAGUUAGGGUUCUAGUGUCUCAUUCUCAUACACCCAAUGAAAAUAUUUGUUGGACUUUUCUUUCUCCAAUUUUUUGUUUUUAUUUCACGAACA